AUGUUCCUUGGUUGGAAUGUUGGGAACAGCUGCAAUGGCGUCCGAGGUCUAUUCUUCUUCAUGCGUACUUUCCAGAACCUUCCAUUGUUGUAUUCAACUUUAACCAAGGAAGGUAACCCUACUUCUUCUUCUUCUUCUUCUUCUUCGUUGCCCCAUUUCUUGGUUAAUUCUCUGGGUUUUACCAAGUAUUAUUCACUCACUACUGCUGCUAAGCUCGCUGAUAAAGUACCAGAAGGGAAGAUUGAUUUGAAUUUUGUUGAAAAUGUUGAUUCUGAAAUUGCUUGUCGUGAACCUCGGAUUUUAGUUUCUAGGGCUAGGGAAACGCUAAAACCUAAAAUUAAGACUCUUAGUGAUUUGGGUAUUUCUGGGUCUGAUCUCGUUGAAGCUAUUGUGAUCAAUCCUUCGAUUUUGUUCCAUAAUUUGGGUCCUGCAAUGCAGGCUUAUAAAACUGUUUUGGGUAGAUAUGGUGAUGUUGCUACAGUUCUGAAGCAAUCGAGUGGAAGUUCUUUUAGUUGCGCUGCUAAGUAUUUGAUUCCGAAUGUUGAGUUGUUGCAAAAUUAUUGUGUCAUUCCUACUGAAAAAAUCCAGAAUUAUAUUAUUCAGCACCCUAAGAGCUUUGCAGUGAGGACUGAUUUGUUUCGAGAUAUGUUAAUUAAGGUUGAAGUAGAGUUGGAGAUUCCUUGGAGCUCAUCAAUGUUCUUGUAUGGCAUCCACAUGAUAACUUGUGUUAGUGAUAAGGAUAUCGAGGAUAGAUGUGAAGUGUUUAAGAGCUUUGGAUGGACUCAAGCUGAUGUCAUGAGAUUGAUCAAGCAAAAUCCAUUGUGUUUGUGUUAUACGAAGGCAAGGAUCAAGAAAAGAUUAGACUUUCUGAUGAACCAACAGGGUUACGAGCCAUUUUACCUGUCAUUGCAACCUUUAUUAUUCAUUUGUAGCUUGGAGAAAAGGUUAUUGCCAAGACUACGGGUCAUACAGAUUUUGAAGGAAAAGGGGUUUUUAAGGAGGAAUUACCAUCUUCCUAGUGCUAUUGGCAUGACUAACUAUUUGUUCUUCAAAAGGUAUGUUCGUCCAUUUGAGGUAGUUCAUGAAGUUUAUGCCCAACUGAUGGGUUCCACUGUGGGGUCGCUUUUUUCAAGAGGCCAAAAGCCAAUGGUGUCAUUGAAUUCCAAUGCUGCUUGA